UUAAUUUUGAAUUUGGUGACUGUCUGAACUUUGUGGAUUAAAUGUACCGUAUUAAUUGUUGAUUAUCUGUUCUGUGAACUCCAAAAGGAUACACACCUGUAAAUGUCAUGAAUCAAAACGAUAAAGUAAAACAUUGAAGGAAUGUUGAGAUCAAACGAGCCCGCCAGUUUAAGAAAUCAAUACAAUUAAACUCUUUCAACAUUGCCCACGAUUCCAGUCAGAGAAGAAUAAGCUCUGGUAUUUUUACUCGGGAGUUUCACGUAUUCUACAUCGGCUGCACGCGGACGGACACACGCGCUCACGAACGGCCAUGUCUAAGACGUCACGCAGUUUCGAACAGGUGUCUCAGCACUUCAAGUGUCCGAUCCACCUGGGCAAGCUGAAGGACCCGAGACGGUUACCAUGUGAACACACGCUAUGCAAGGACUGUCUGAAAGGUCUAAUCAAGUCCGCCCUAAAGCGUGACGACCUCAACGGCACGUUCGACUGCCCGGAGUGCCGGUCGCGCCACGCCAUCCCCACGACGGAAACGGAAGACUGGGCGGACUGGUUCCCGGUGGACGCCUUUUGUGCUAUCCAACUGCAGACACUGGCCCGGUUCCAGGACUCUCAAGUCUGCGAGGUGCAUUCGGACAAGUUCAAGGAGUACUACUGCUUCCACCACCGCGAGCUCCACUGUCCCGACUGCAUCAUCGCCAAGCAUACGAACGCGCCAUGCUACGCACGCAACUGCAAGGAUGCCGUGAAUGACGUCAAGAAACACGUGGGUGACCUCCUAGGACAGCUCCGUCUGCAAGAGGAGCAUGCGAUCCGCAUCUCUAACUCCAACGUGGCUGCGACGCACGCCGAGGACCUCCUGCAGAAGGUGUGGGAGGUGGAGCACAUGGUGGACAGGUUCGCCCGGCAGAUGAAGAAAAAGCUCAACGAGUCCCGCCAACAGAUCGAGACAGCCACCCGGAUAUCACAGGCGGACAAAGAUCACUUAAAGACGACACAGCAGCUGAUUUCUCAGACGAAGAAAUUGGUAGACGACACCCUAAAGACAACCAACACCAAGUCGCAAGAGGGGCAGCUGGACAUGCUGCGACUGUGGAAGCCACUUCAGGAUCAAGUGGAGCAUUUCCAGGCCGUUCUUACCGCCGUUGAGAAGCGCCCCUUCUGCGUUAACGUGCAGGCGGACGAACCGUUUAUCGACCUGCUCACUCUGAAUCACGAGCCAGUGGUGGUGCAGAAUCAGAGCUCCACGUGGACGCCUCUUAAUCCGACCACGGCACAGCGCAUCCCCAGCGUCGAGAGCUUCAAGAGCCGCCCGUCGCUCAACCGUCGAUCUACCUUCCGGGAUUCGAGCUUAAACAGCAAGGAGCAGCUGUCGCCGAGGACGAACGACGUCAGCACGACCAUCCCGAGAUCUCGGUCGACCUAUCGGACACUUCCGGUUACUACGAAGCCGAAGGAACCGGAACCGUUCACGCCACGUUACGAGGUGCAACAUCCGCCGUCCAGUCAGCAACGCGCGCAGGAGAAGCAUCCCACAAUUCUUCCACGUCUCACGCCCGGGAACAUCACUUCCGCUGAAACGUCGAUCAUCUUUAACGUCCGGUCCAUGAAAUUAAAGGGCAUUAGCCAGCAGUCGAUUUUCGAAUUUCCAUGCGAGGAUAUCAUUCUGAUCGAGAACAACAUAAUCACAAUCACAGAAAGGGCGGUUCAGAAGUUUUCGCUUCGUUACCAGUUCAUUGAAAGCAUGGCGCUGCGCGCGCCGAUUAAGCUCUGCUACGCACGCGACGAUACCGGAAACAUCCUGGUGAUGGACAACAGUAGCGGCAUAUCCCUGGUUACCACGACCCCGAGGCUACAGCUGCUCUACCGGAUUGAUACUGACCGAGUGUACACGAGCUUCUGUCACAUGCGUACGACGAUGACGGAAGACCCAUACGGCCGAUGUCUGUAUCACCUCCAUCUGGCGGCCAUGCACGUGUGGAACCGCGAGGACUGCAUUGACGUCAUGGUUGUGACGUAUGAGAGAAAGUCAGUCACGCACGGGCUUAUCGAAGAAAUCACGCUGAAACCGGCAAAGGUGAAGACAAUCUGUGGCAGCAACGACGAUCUAGUUCUGAAGAACAUGACCGCCAUCUGCACCGCGCCGGACAGUCGGAAACUCCUCGUGGCUGCCCAAGUUGGCGUCAUCUGCAUCAGCCGCAACGGCGAUAUCAUCUGGACGUACACCACGCCGCACAUCGUCUGCAGCAUCGACAGCCGCCGGGGUCUCGUGUUCGCCGCCAUCGAACGCGAGAAGCGCGUGCUGAUACUCGACCAGCACGGGAACCUCAUGGUGGAAAACAUGUUUCCCGCCGGAUGUAGCGUCAGCCGGCCGAGUCGCGUCUGUGUCGGGAAGUCAAGCAUGGUCGUCAGGGAGUUCAUCGACACCGACCAGCACGGGCUGAAAAGCAUGGUUCAUGUGUUUAACCUUUCUUACUAGAUCCAGUUUACGUAAUUAUCACGGAUUGAAUAAAUGUGACCAGAAUAAUAAGCAGUAUCUUAUACGAGUUAACCCAUGGACCAGAAUAAUAAGCAGUAUCUUAUACGAGUUGACCCAUGUAUGCCUAGUGGAUUCUCCCAUCCUUCUAAAUUGGAUCAAUUUAUUUCCAAAAUUAUGGAUGUCUAUUAUAUUUAUUUCUAUAUUUAGAAUAUUUCUUACAGAAAUUCCUUUAAGCAAACAGCGCAGACCCUGAUGAGACGCCGCAUCAUGCGGCCUCUCAUCUGGGUCUACGCUGUUUGUCAAGGCCUUUUUUCUAGACCCUAGGCAUAAAUGGGUAAAAUGGUAUAUGUACGUGACAAAACUUCCAAAUGGUUUCAACUGUCACUCCAUAAGUAGGUAACAUUGCUAUCAGUCGAUAUAUUAAUAUUUUAUAUAAAUAUUUAUUGGGACAAUGCAAGGACUCAUGACCCCAUUUUUUUCUAUAUAUUCAUUUAUUGUUUGCUGUUGUUGUUGUUUUAGCAUAUAUAUACUUAUAUGUUCGACACUCAAAAUGCAGCCUCUACUUACUUUGUGCUGUCGAACAAAAUUAAAAAAUGAAAUAUUUGCCUCGAAGAUCCAUGUUUCCCAACGAGUCAACUUUUGCAAAAUUUACAAAAUGCAAACAAAAUCUCACACAAAAACGUUUUGUAUCAAUUAUAAAAAACUAAACUAACUUUAUGUGGAUUUAAUCGAACUUUUUCUGAAAACUCGACAAACAUUCUAUGAGCAACGUUUCUUUGCGAUAAAGGAUUUGGCAAGAUUGUCUCUAAGUUCUAUUAUUUAAUAAUUAAUUAAUUUGGGUAUAGUUUGAUACUUAGUAGGACAACGCUAAUUAUCAACUAUAAUUGUAAACUUUUUUAAAACAUGACCAAUUUAACAAAUAUUUACUCUUCAGAAUAUGAAAAAAAGCGAUGAAAAUAAACAAUGUACUCUUAUAAUAACCAAACAU